AUGGCGGCCCAAUUCUCAGCCGCGCCCCUGCAUACACUCAAAACACACAGUGGCCCCAUCAACGCCGUGACCUUCUCCAGCUACCCGGGCACCUACAUCCUGACCGGCUCCUCCGAUCGCGCCAUCCACCUCUCGCGCGCCGUUCCCAACAAUGCAAACAAGCCUGCACCAGUUGCAGAGACUUCCUCUCCCAUCCAGCGCUAUGAGGCGCACGGCUAUUCGGUGCUGGACAUCGCAGUCGCAUCCGACAACGCGCGCUUCGCGAGCGUCUUCCUGUGGGAUGUCGAACAAGGCAUCACGACUAGGCGGUGGGGCGGACACAACAGUCGCGUCGAGGCCGUUCAAUUCGCGGGCGAGGGUGACUCCGUGGUUAUCUCUGGAAGUGCUGACACGACAAUAAAUCUAUGGGAUACUCGCUCCAACGCCUAUAAACCAAUCCAGACCCUCCCCGAAGCGAGCGACACUGUUUCCACCCUGCAUGUGCACACACCCACAUACUCGAUUGCCAGCGGCAGCUACGACGGCCACGUGCGAGUCUACGAUGUCCGCAUGGGAAAAACUACAGUCGAUGUUUUGGGCCACCCCGUGACGAGCGUGCGGUGCUCAGCGGAUGGCAAUGCGUUACUUAUCUCCACAUUGGACGGCUACAUCCGCAUGCUGGACCGCAUGGACGGAAAACUGCUCAAAGCGUUUGGAGGACCAGGAGAGAAAGAAGUUCCACAACCGCUCGCUGGGCUUAGAACACCGCGACAAGCUUACCGGAACACGGAACUGCGGAUUCGAUCUGUUUUUGGUCGCGGGGACGCCGUGGUCUUGAGUGGAAGCGAGGCUGCACAAGGCGACGGUGUCGGCACUGGAGCCGCAGCUUUUGCUUGGGAUGUCCUGAGUGGGCAAACGAUUGCGACCGUGCCCAUGGGACCCAAAGUCAAGGCUGUGAGUUGUGUUGCAUGGACCGAGAAAGGGGGCUGCUGGGCGAGUGGGUGUUCUGAUGGUAUGACCUUCUAUGUCCCUUAUUCCGCUGCUAAACGACGCAAUGCUAACUUGGGAUCCAGGGACUGUCCGGGUUUUUGGUUAGCCAACAUGGCAUCUCCGCACUGA